AACAACUGUAUAUGAAUUUAAAAUCAUUUUUUCAAUUCAUUGAAAUAAUAUCACCAGUACAAGGAAGAUGGCAUUUAAAGAACUCAUGAUAGUUUUCAUAUUUGGGAUUUUCACUUCUAUUAAGGGAGGUGAUGACGUCACAUCAAUGGAGGAUCUGAGCUACGCCAUUUCUCAGAAUGGUGCAAAGUUAAAUGAAUUGAAAACACAAUUGGAAACAGGCCUGAAUGAAAUAAUCAAACUGACACAAAAUAAUAGAAAAUUUAUGAAAACAAUAAGAAGAGAAAUUGAUGCAGAUAAUAGGGUAUUGAUGGAUUGUGCUUGUGAGAGAAAAAAAUAUCGUAGCAAUGUGUACCAUAUACAAAGUGAUGCUGGUAAAUACAUGUUAAGCUUCACCGAAGCGAAGGCACUAUGCGAGAGUAAAGGACAUCGUCUGGCCACACCUGACCAACUACAAGCUGCGUAUGACCUUGGACUACAAGUCUGUAAAUAUGGCUGGGUAUCGGAUGGUACUGUUCAAAUUCCUAUGCAAAUGCCGAGAAAAUCAUGCUGGAACAACAGAGGUAUUACCACCUUAACGAAGUUAAAGGCAGAUGCAUUCUGCGCCAAAGACUAAAUAACUCUAUAUUUUCAAGCAAUGUACAACACGUAUAUACAAUAAAAUAUCAA